GUAAAGGAAGUGACUUGUAUUCAACGUCAUGAGUUGUAUAGUUAUAAUAAGAUUAAGGUUGACACGCAGAAGUCAGAGCCAGUUUACACAGUGAAGUGCAGUACACGCAGGCAGCGACCGCACCGCUUCUAAGAGGCUCCGAGGGAGAACAGCGCAAAACUCUCUGAAAACACUACUUCUCCAACAGCCAGAGAGCGGUGCAUUUUAUUUAGGGGGGGGUGGGGUGGGGUGGGGGGUUUCAAGAAGAUGACUCUGAACACACAGAGAGACAGCAAGGAGACACUACGAAGAAGGGCCAGUACCCCGCUCCCUGCUUCACACCAAGCCGGACCCGGAGACCCACACCACCCCGCACUCGGGCUUUCCACCUCCUAUCACCCAGGGGACAAAACAAUCCAGAGUCGGGCCAGCUGGUCCGAUUCUGAGGAUUCUGACAGCUCUGGAGCGGACUCUUUAUACCGGGUUGUCUUGCUGGGGGACCCCGGUGUGGGGAAGUCGAGCCUGGCUAAUAUCUACGCGGGGACACAGGAGAAGGAUGUUGCUAAUGAACAUCGUGGAGAGGAGUCCUAUGAACGAACGCUAACAGUAGACGGGGAGGAGACGACUCUGGUUGUGAUGGACACGUGGGAAACUGAAAAGCAGGAGCAGGCUGAGAAUUGGGUUCAGGAUUACUGCAUGCAGGUUGGCAACGCGUACGUCAUCGUGUACUCCAUCACAGACCGGGCGAGCUUCGAGAGCGCAUCCGAGUUGAGGAUCCAGCUGCGCAGGGCGAGGCAAGCCGAAAACAUCCCCAUCAUACUUGUCGGGAAUAAAAGUGACCUGGUCCGCUGCAGAGAGGUGUCCGUGGAAGAGGGCCGGGGCUGCGCCGUGGUGUUCGACUGCAAGUUCAUCGAGACGUCGGCGGCGCUGCAUCACAAUGUGCAGGAGCUCUUCGAGGGCAUCGUGCGGCAGAUCCGGCUGCGCAGGGACAGCAAGGAGACCAACGAGCGCAGGAUGUCUGUCUACAAGCGCAAGGAGAGCGUCACCAAGAAAGCGCGCAGGUUCCUCGACAGACUGGUAGCCAAAAACAACAAGAAGAUGGCCUUGAAGGUGCGCUCCAAGUCUUGCCAUGACUUGUCCGUUCUUUAAAAACACAGCAACCCUCUGACUACGUGAGCGCUACAGAGACGCAGCCGCUCAAUUUCAUGGGCUUUUUCUGUUUUUCCAGGAGCGAACGAUAUUUGGCAGCCUUAUGGUUUUGAGGAAAAGAGACCUUUUUUUUGAAUUUUUUGGUUUUAUUUUGUAUUUUUCGGACUCACUAAAAGCCAUUCCCGUGUGUCUCCCUUGUGAACCAGCAGUUUUGUUUCACAGCUACAGCUGGAUUCUCAGUCAGAUCAAGGAAAGACGUCCAAAGCCUGACCAAUGCACAAAUGUUACAAAAAUAAUUGCCUUGUCAGGUCAGUGAUUUUAGCAGCGACCAUCUCCACAGAUUAACCAAAGUGAGACAGACAAGUAUUUUACUAUGAUUUUUUUAUUUUUUUUUUUCACUUCUAGAGUUAAGGGACUGGAAAACUAGAAGCCGCUACAGUUUCUGAUCGGUUUUUCAUCUGCCUUUUCUCUCCAAGCAGAAACCUUUAGAAAAAGUCACAUGGCAUAACACAUACAGAUCGUAGUGCUGAUCAUUCACAUGCUACCGCUUUGCUUUAUCAGAUUUGUAUGAUGUGUUUGGCCGCUGCUGCUAACAGCAUCCGUUCUCCUGCACUGUGCUCAGUUUUCACACAACUGACUCUACAAACUUGGGUGUUUGUAUUUGAAUAAAUGAGACACGACCCAGCAAGCAGUCUACUGCACAGUGUUCGCUGUCAUGCAAAUAAUGGCGCUUAAUGGGCUAUUAUCAAAGGCUCUGAGGUGCUGAUUGAGUUUAAUAGUAACUAUGCAGAAUAACCUGUGUGCUCCACACAGCCUCUCAUACAGCAUGUUAGUUCUUCACUCCUGACUUACCAUCUCAGUCCCAUUAUAAUCUUCUCUUAGUUUCCUGUGUCACUGUCUUAAAAGCAAUGCACACGGUUCUGUAACAUCCACAAUGCAGCACACCUGUGUGUGUGUGUGUGUGUGUGUGGCCGAUGGCUGGCUGAUAAAUGGCAGCUUUAUUUGCAGAGCUUGGGCAGAACUGAGAUUCUGCUCCCCCGAUGGCUAGCCUGUAUGCAGCCCUUCCCUAAACACACACCAGCCAGGGCUUUCACUGAGGUGGCUUGUGAAACCAAUAAAAUGUGUACAGAUGAAAGACAAUUUGUGGAGCUACUACACAUUUUGUAAAUAUAUGAAUUUUUUUUUUAUAAUAAAAACUAUUGGUGGCA